AUGAGAUCAUUAGUUUCGAAAAGAAAAAAUGUAUCAGAAGGAGAGAUCCAAAAAAAUAUAACAAAAAAGAUUAAAGAGAAUAAACAUACCUAUACGCCUGAGUUUACUGCUCUGAUAUCCCAAAUUAGCAAUAUAGGUCAAAUGUCAUUAUCUUCAACAACCCAGUGCACAAGAGAAGUCUUUACCUUUCUGACUGGUCAUUCCCCCGAUACUUGGGUUUCAAAAAGUACUUUAUCUCGAUGGAAUAAAGAAGUGGCAGAACUUGCAAUUAUUGAAAAUCUUCCAAAUUCCACUUCUACAUUUGUUUCAUAUGGAAUCCUAGCAGAUGAAAGCACAAGAGGAGAUAAAAAAAUCUUCUUAGUAUGUGUUGCACAUUGGAAUACAAUCAAAGAGGAACCUAUUAUCACAAUCCUAAGUAUGAAAGACUUGGAUUGUUGCACCUCAACCAAUGUAUCUACAACUGUGUUAAAAACCAUUAGAUCGUUUAACUUAAAUCCCUUACAUUAUGAAUUAGUAUUUUCAGAUGAUGAUCCAGAAUAUUUGAUGGAGAUUGAUACACUAAUCAAACGUAAAGAUGGAAAAAUCCCAUUCCUUGACAUGACUUUCAAUUUUAAUUGUGAUCAUAUCGAUCAACUAAAUAGCAACAUUAAAUAUACAACUGAUGAUAUCUUUUAUGGAUCUGAUCUUACAGAGAUUUAUAAGAAAAGGAAACUAGAUAAACCAGCACCAUCAUCAUCAUCACCAAUAACAAAACAAAAAAGAAAAUAUGAUAAAAACCCCCCUGAUUCCAAUGUCACAAUCGUCACAACUGCUGCUACAGCUACCACAAUACCUUUCCCCACCACGUCAAACAUUCCCAACACCACUGCCACUUUUACCUCAUCACAAUCUGAUGGGAAAAAAAAUAUUUUCAAAUGUAGAGUUCCCGGAUGUGAAAAAGUAUUUAGCUCAUCAAGCAACCGUACAACGACUCCUUUAGAUUUAAUUAAUGAAAAUCAACAAACUAAGGCAAAUUUCGUUGAAACAAUGAAAAUCAUUAAAAGACAAUCAGCAAGACAGAAAGAUAUAUCCACCAUUCCACCAUCAUCAUUAACAACUACAACUUCUCCAAUCAACACCACUAAUACAGUAAAAAUAGAGGAAGAAUUGUCAAAUUUUUCCGAUUAUUCAAUAGAACAAAUAUUAAAGGAUCGAUCAAUUUAUCUAGCAUGUAAAUUAAAACAAAAAUUAUCCACAAUGUUUGAUGGGUGUCAAUUAAUUUUACCAGAAUCAACAAAAAUCAUUACUACCAAUGCAACUUCUUUUUCCUCUUCGAGAUCUCAAUUUACACAAAUCCCUCUGACUGAUUUUACUAAAACUUUAGCAGAUCGUAUUUACACUUAUUUAUUCUUCACCACAUCAUCAAUCCUAUCACCGAAUCAUCCAGCACGUCUUAAAAUUCUAUCAAUUCUAUCCGACCAGUUAUCACUCCAAGGCGACGCUCAACUAGCAAACAAAUCUUUUGGUGAAUUGUCAUUUUUCACAAUGAGAUUCACCCUCGAUCAUUACUUUAAACAUUCAAUAUUACCAUGUCAAAAAACAUUAAUUGUAGAAAAAGCGAGAAAUAUUAUAGAGAAAAGUGUUGAAAGUGAGAAUAAGUUGAGUGAAAGUGAAAGAACUUUUAAAUCAUUAAACAAUACUAAUGCUAAUCCUAAUAAUAACAAUAGCAAUGAUUCAUUUGGAACAACAUCUUUAACUACAUCACAUCCUGAUAGUAGAUCAAAUAGUCCAAGCGUUAAUAUUGACAAUCAUAGUAGUAGUAUAUUGCCCUCUACUUCACAUUCACCACAACCACUUACAAGCAGUAAUUUUGUUCACAUAGAAAUUACGGCAGAGAUUAAUUUUCCAAGUGCAAACAUUAAAGAAACAAUUGUUGGAGUAUUUCAUAUUUUUAAUCUUAAGGAUAGUCUAGUAGCUUCAGUUGCCGCAUUUAGACGAUUGGGAAUGGCAACAACAGCAGCAAUCAAAUUAGAUGAAAAAGUUUUUUCAGUCAGGUUGCCAAGAAAAGAGUUGAAAUUUGAAGUUGAAGGAACAGAGUUAAAAAUUCCAACCAGAAUAGAAAGACAGAGAACAAUAGGAAUAAAAUCAAAAGAAUCAAUUGUAAAAUGUGAAGCUAUAUUUAGACCUGAAGGCAAAUUUGUUUUGUCAAUCGCUAUGAAUACUGUAAUAGUAAAAGCUAUGUGCUGA